GUGCACCACAUGCACAGAUGCCAGCACGGCUGGACUCAUUUGACACAUUGGCGUUGGAGGCGGAUGCCGGCACUUUGCAUCGCAGGAAGCCUGUCCUCCAGAAGUCUCGUUCGGUGCCUGGCAAGCAGGGGAGGCGAAGCCCCUGCGCCAAAGAGAGCCUGCAGACCUCCACAGGUGCAUACCGCUGGAUUUCCAAUCCCUGUGGAGAUGAGCAUGCAAACAAUUGCAAUCGUACGCUCUCCUUACAAGGAGCGUUUUGGAUGCCCCCGACAGCCCACGGUUACGGCGGGGGUUGUUGGAGGAGAAGCCGGUGCUGGCUUUCUUGAGUUUCUCGUUAACGAGGACAACACGGAGGAGAAACUUCGAGCGGCACUGCAGGAUCUUUCUGGCUUCGAUUUCUUGUGGGUCAUCACGUACCUGCACAUGAACGAAGGAUGGUCAGCACGCGUCACUCCGCCAAGAGGGCCCCGCAAAAAGCGCGGCCUCUUUUCGACGCGGUCUCCGCAUCGACCGAAUCACAUUGGACUAUCUGCUUGUCGCUUGGUGGAUGUGGACAGUGCGGCCUUGCGAGUUAACAUCCUCGGACUGGACUUGCUUGACGGCACGCCCGUCCUUGACAUCAAGCCAUAUGUGCCAUACUGUGAUAGCUUUCCAGGUGCCCGUGCUGGGUGGUUGGACGAGCUUGAAGCCAACGGCCGUGACCACCUGACCUACUGGCGCUGGGAGGUUGCGCACGAGAAUGCUGAAUGGCCUGGCUGUCUGGUCUUUGCCCUCGCGAUGGGUGCAGUGGCGGUGCUGGUGUUUGCAUUCCUGUUUCUCUUGGUGGUUCUGGUGUCUCCAAGAUUGGGUUGCCCUGGCCUUUCAUCUCGAUUGCAAAUCGGCCUGCUUCAGCAUCCAGACUGGCCGCUAAGCCGGAUGGUUCUUCCCUGGAUUCGCGUUGCACAAGGCAUGGAACUCUGCAACGACGCGCGCUGUUACCGUCUCAGGGAGACGCUGGGAAACAACUACUGCUAUGCCGGCAUGGUGUCCAUAGGCAACUACAAGAUGGUUGAAGCCGCGCUCACAAGUGGCCAAACUCGCACAACUCUGCUCGGGGCGCAGCCUUUGGCCAACCUGCCCGCAGUGGACCGGGACAUUUUCUUGCUGCAGCUGGCUAAUCUAGACAUUAACUCCUUGCACGAGAGGUUCAUAGCUUGCUUCAAACACUACAUGUUUUGUGAGGGGUUUGCUGAGAGAAUGAGCUCCGAGAAAGCAGCGCGGCUUUGGAGACAGCUAGCUCAGGACUACAAAACCAUGCCACGGGGGCCCGAAGAGAAGUUUCACACCGCAGACGAUGCAGGCUUGCAAGGUUUCCUGAUACGGUACUUCUUCUAUGUCAUGAUUGGCCUUGAUCCAGAAGAUCCAGAACUGAUGGAAACACUGUUUCCAUUGAUGAGCGGGGACAUUCCGAUUGCACUUGCCUACUUGGCACCUUUCGCACAUCUGGGAAUCAUGAACCGCAGUAUCCAAGAAAUUGAUUCAAGGAUCUAUAACAGCCCAGCCCUCUCAGACUUCACCGAAGGUGAAGCACGCUUUGGCAAGAUGUCCAAGCUUGAGCUGGCGAGGAUAUCAACGUGCAUCUUCAGACUGGCAGCGAUCACUGGCACGCUUCAGCUGGCCAAGUCCAUCACCGGCGGCUUGAGGCUGCCGGCAUACAAGGAUAUGGACAAAAUUGAUAUACCUUCCUUGUGGGACAAGAUUGAUCUCAACGACACUGCAGCUCUGGAGAACUUUUGCCUCGAGGCUGCUCGCCUGGAUCCUCCAGUUAGUGCGGUUCACCAUGUCGCAACAGAAGAAUUCUCCAUCACCUUACAAGGUGCUGCGGUCAAUUUUCCUGCUGGCACACGCGUCCUGGUUCCAUUGAAUCUUGCAAUGACUGAUCAGGAAGUUUGGGGCGCGGAUGCCUUUGAGUUCAAGCCCGGCAGACCAGGGCUACAGGCGCAGAACAUGGUCUUCGGCAAUGUGGGGCAAGCGGGCACGCGAGUUUGUCCAGGCGCCGGCAUUGCCCUUGACACCUGUGUAAAAAUUCUUCGAGUCCUUGGUGAGGUUCGCCGCAGCCAAUGA